GAGGUCUCGACGGGUUCUGGAACCCGCAAGUGAUCCGAAGGUUGCCCAUUGACGUUAUCUGUACCUCACCACCACUUCCCCAGCGCUAGCAGGCACACAACUUAUUUCUUCCACCAAACUCUAUCCGUCCACGGCCAUUCCCCAACUCCAGCGAUCUGCAAGCACAUCUGGCCCAUCACGGCGGUCCUGCGGACGUUUCACGACAGCAAAACAAAGGCGCGGAACAUGAUUUGCGGCCUGCAGAUAACCAAUCAAUCGAGUCACGCGCAUCGCUAAUAAUAAGGGUUCGCCAGGCUUCCAGGCUUCGGCAUUCAGGUGCGCGCAUCAUGGACGACUCCGCGAGGCUCGUGGCGCAGCUCCACGACAAGCUCGCCGAGCUCGACGGCAAGGUCGCUGCGUACCAGCGUGACAUGUUGGCCCAGUUCCACAAGCACAUGGACGAGUGUCUCAAAAGCUACCCAGAACACAUCUCAAAUGAGGUCUCCCAAGCCAUUGCCGAGUCCAUGUCCACAGGCAAAUACCCAGCGCUGCAUCCGCUAAGCUGCGAUAUGCUGGAAUCACCCUCGAUAGAUCACAAUGCCUGGGACGGCCGGAAGAAGUCGCCCCCGCCCAUUCUCCGCCAUACCUCGGGCACCCCAAAGGAAGCCGCACGGAGCAUCCAUGCACGAGAGAAGGAGUUUCAUGGGUUGUUCACGCCCAAUUACCUGCCGCUUCUUGAGAGUAACCAUCGCACCUACCACUCCCCUCCGACAUCACCACCACCUGCCUCAGGAGGAUCGUCAUUGCCACUGUCCACCGACAACGUGAAAAAGGUGGAGGAGUCCACGCGGUCUCUUUCGACCGAUGACCAAGGCAGGCCGGAUCCAGUACGGCGGUCAACUGACAGGUCCACGUCGUCAGUUGAGUCUUCCAACAGCGACUCGAAAGCGCGGCGAAGCGCGCUACGAAGGCCCUCUACUACUAGCUCCAAUAAGGGCAGCCCCCGCCGGGUGCGUUUUGAGUUUGAAGGCCACGAAGUGUUUCCAGCGUCUUCUUCUCCCCAGGCAUCCACUGCCAUCCCGGCUCAAGCAAGUGGGGCGGGGACUCAGCCCGAGGCUGUGGCGCGGCCGGUCGCCACCGAGGAUGAGUCAACUGCGUACGCCGGAACUUCGCUGCUGGACGUCGAAGGCGAGGAAGAUCUGUUUCCGAAACCAAGGAAGGUGUCAUCGACGCAAGCUCUACAGGCACUCACCCGGAGUCCGCUGGAGGAAGGAACAACCUGGACAGUAGUCAACCCGGAUCCCGAGGAGCCCAUUAAAAUGAAUGGCAAGAAGCAGCAAGAUAGUGCGACGGAUGCUUUGGCAACCAAGGUUGACUCGCAAGCGUCCAGUGAGGCGGAUGAUUUGGACGACGGGUCUAGGCGCGAGUUCCUCGGUUCGCCGAUCGAGGAACGGGAAGCGAUCUACGACGACGAUGAGGAUGGGAACGCCUCCGACGAGGAGUUCCUCUCCAUGGCACCCAAGAAGAAGACUCCGUCUCCAACCGCAAAGCUGCCAUUCGCCAAGCCGGUUAGCAGCCCUGCGGCAUCCCGGACUGCCACACUGACAGCAAACGGAAAACCUCAUCUCGACGACGACCAAGAUUCGCUUUUUGAUUUUGAGGAUGAAGGAGGACGAACCAAUCCUCAAGCCCAGAGGCAGCCGCCUAAAUACCUCCCGGAACCAGAAGACGAGGAGGAUGAGACUCCCGGUAGGCGCCCACGGACCGCAGCUCGAGAGGAAUCAGACGAGGCCUCAGGGCUUCCACCUGUCUCUCCCUCUGCAGCGCUUUUCGAGCAUAGCGUUGGGUCGUACAUGGGCAGGUCCAUGACGAUAGCGCCGAUCAAGGACCCCAAGCUGUACGACGAGAUUGCGAGCAUGAGGGACGUCCCCUUCUUCGUGGGUAGCAUCCACGACCCCGGUGCGCGGGAGGAUCUGGGCAGUUAUCGUCCGGGCGGCCUCGCGAGACCUUCCAUAGAUACGCCACGCAGUUUUACGGAGCGGCUGCUGUUGGAAGACGAGAUGGAGCGGAGAAAGGCGGUGAGAGGACGUGUCGAUGAUAGAAGCUGAUUAUGCGGGGCGGGAUACAAUGGUGCAUUAAUCUUUGCGUUCUCUUAACGUCACGCAUCCUGAUUCCUAUCCCAGCGUGACUCGGAUGCUUGGCUAAUGGCGUUGACCGGGUGGGCUUGGGUGGAUAGUUGAGAGUGGUUCUCUAGCACAUGUGCUUGUAUACCUAGGUAGGUAUGAUACAACGAUGACUGCGUUGUGGCAGUCACGGACCCGGCUGGCAUGGGUGGCUCAUGGUAAGGGGGUAUGGUUGGGAAGGCCUGGUUGGGAUACAAUCGCAGUAAGUUGAGUUAUGGCUUAUGAGACAGACGGAUCCAUGAAAUUGCAACGGUUAUUGAAAGGUGAGAGGCUUGCCUGCGGUCGUCCGAGAGUUUUGGACUUGCCUUCCAGGUUCGCAACGGUGAACGAUGC